AUGGUCUUUCCAUCAAGUGUCCAGCACGAAGAAUCCGUACCUAUCCUUUCCGUUCAUCUCGUCUCCGCGACAGCAACCUCUCGCGAUCAUGAUGCUUCAGAUAGUAUCAGUACAUCUUCGUCGGGCGCAUCCGAUUUACCCAGCCCUUUUGCACAGGGGGGCGUUAUAAUGUCAGAUAGAUUCACUCCCACGUUUCCGCAUACACCGGUUUCCCCCAACUCAGGCCCAUACUUUUCGACUCCCAGUGUUCACAACUCGCAAUCGGCCAUUUCACGUAUCGAGUUGCCGCGACUUGAUAUGAAGUAUCUCCAGAGUGCGUCUGGUCAACUUCCCAUCACGCCUGAUUCCCCUAUACGCCCCUCCAAGUUUGAGAAGAGUACCGCACAUGGUCAUAAUCAGGUGGGGCAUGGAUAUUUAUCUCUGCCUGGUCCGAACGGCACAGUUCUUGUCGAAGGGAACAACAAUCGUAAGCGUGGAUUUGCCAGUGAUCUUUCUGGGAUGCUUCCUACGCCCAUAUCUCCCAAUACGCGAUCUGGAAGUCCGACGACUCCUGUCGACUUGACAAGUUGGAUUACUCGGAGUUACGGCCUUGAUCCCAUAGCUGGGGGUGCUUUUGGCAACGUCUGGAAAUGUACCUACGAUGAUGGUACCAGGUGCAUCCCGGUUGCUGUGAAAGGCUUCAGAUUCCAGAUUAACAGAAAUACCUCGAAGAGACUGAGGAGAGAAAUGGGCAUUUGGAGAAGACUCAAUCACCCAAAUGUCAUGGAAUUCAUUGGCUAUGCUUUUGGCUUUGGUAUCUCGAUGGCCCUUGUUGCCCCUUGGGCUGUAAAUGGAACUUUGACCGAUUACCUGGAGAAAAAGUGGUCGAUCGUCACUAUUGCUGAUCAACUUAGUUUGUUAGACGAUAUUGUCUCUGGUCUCACUUACCUACACUCUUAUCCUAAUAAUCCUGUGACCCACGGAGAUCUCACUGGGUCUAAUAUUCUUAUCCUCGGGGACAAGACUACAUGCAUCGCCGAUUUUGGACUAUCAAGCAUGCUUGGAGACCUGCAGACCGGUUCGACGUACCUCGCAGCUACCGCUAUGUAUCCAGGCGCAGUACGAUGGACAGCUCCCGAGUUCCUCCUGUCAGAUGACGUCCAGCCGACAACGCUCAGCGAUAUCUACUCCCUCGGCAGUAUCAUGCUCCAAGUCUUAUCAGGCAAAGUACCCUGGCACGAAAUUAAGCGGGAAGUGAUCAUCAUACAGGAGAUCCAACAAGGAAAUACCCCUCGUUGUCCAUCUCACUCCCCCCUCGUCGGUGAACUAUGGCCAUUUAUCCGUGAGUGCUGGUCGUUAUCACCAGCCUCACGACCCACAGCUGGCACCGCGCUCGAAUUCAUUCGAGACAUCAGAAUUAAAUUACUCCCAUCCCCUGUAGGUGGGCACGACGCACCAGGUUCUACCGCUGCACAGCCUACAAGUAGUCCCGGUCCAUCAAAAAGGCCACGCUUGAAAAUAAUUACGUAG